AUGGGUAUUAUGGGUUCUAUGGGUACUAUGAGUACUAUGGGUUCUAUGGGUUCUAUGGGUACUAUGGAUACCAUGGAUACUAUGGGGUUCUAUGGGUUCUAUGGGUACUAUGGGCUCUACGGGUACUAUGGGUACUUUGGGUACUAUGGGUACUUUGGGUACUAUGGGUACUAUAAAGACUAUGGGUACCAUAGGGACCAUGGGUUCUAUGGGUUCUAUGGGCAAUGUGGGUACUAUAGGUACUAUGGGUACUACGUGUUCUAUGGAUACUAUGGGUACUAUGGAUACCAUGGGUAUUAUGGGUACUAUGGAUACCAUGGAUACUAUGGGUACUUUGGGUACUAUGGGUACUAUGGGUACUAUGGGUACUAUGGGUACUAUGGGUACUGCGGGUUCUAUGGAUACUAUGGGUCAUUGAGUGGCUACUAUGAGUACUAUGGGUUCUAUGGGUUCUAUGGAUACUAUGGGUUCUAUGGGUACUAUGGGUACUAUGGUUACUAUAAAGACUAUGGGUACUAUGGAUACUAUUCUAAUUAUUUCAGGAAAAAUGGGCAAUUUUCGAUCGAAAAAUCGACUUUUCUGCAAUUUGUCGUAAAAUUUAACGUUUGUAUUUUUUCACUCAAAAUCGUUGAGUUUCGGCCAAAAAUGGCUCAAAAUAUUUGA